UAGACGGGCCUCAAACGCGCACAAGUAGUUUUUUUUUCCCCCCCCCUCCCCUUAAGAGAAAAGUCAAAUAAAUAAAUAUAACUCAAAGGGACGCCGUACCAGCAGAACACAUUCAGUUUGCGUAAACUUCUACAUCACUGAUCUCUGGAUUUAUCCUGAAAAUCCAGCGGCACGAACUUUUGAUUUCCAAGACACUGGGUUAUCUUCAGUGAACAUACAGCAGCCACAGCCGAACGGUUACAGCGUGGACGAUGGAGCCUUCUCAGUCAGAGAUGAACAUCUUAUCAAACGGGAAUGGUCACGAGCUUGGAGAUGACAUGGGUGUUCCACUGAAGACCUUCUUAGAAGACAAUCAAAAUGGCACUCAUGCAGUCAGAUAUGAUGAUCCCGAUGGAAUACUGGAGAGUGAGGAAUUGCCCAGUGGGGAUGGGAAGAAACCAGUCCGCUUCACAGAUUUUGAAGGAAAGACCUCCUUUGGCAUGUCUGUGUUCAACCUAGGAAAUGCAAUUAUGGGCAGUGGAAUCCUGGGUUUGGCCUAUGCCAUGGCCAACACUGGCAUAAUCCUUUUCUUGUUUCUGCUGUCUGCAGUAGCAGUGCUGUCGUCUUACUCUAUUCAUCUGCUGCUCAAAUCCUCUGGCGUUGUGGGAAUCCGAGCUUAUGAACAGCUGGGAUACAGGGCGUUUGGUACUCCAGGAAAAAUGGCCGCUGGUAUCGCCAUUACGCUGCAGAAUAUUGGAUCCAUGUCCAGUUACCUGUACAUCGUUAAGUCUGAGUUACCGCUGGUCAUCCAAGCUUUUUUGAAGGCAGAGCCCAACUCUGAUCUGUGGUACUUGAAUGGAAACUACCUGGUCAUCAUAGUCUCUGUCACCAUCAUCAUGCCCCUGGCUCUAAUGAAACAGCUCGGUUAUCUUGGCUACACAAGCGGCUUUUCUCUCAGCUGCAUGGUGUUCUUUCUCAUCUCAGUUAUUUUUAAGCGAUUUCAGAUUCCGUGCCCGUUUGAGGAAUUUUCAGCGAACAGCACCGCUGCCCAUCCCGCCCUGAAUAUCUCAAGCCACGCCCACGAGUUCACCAAUGGUCUGGUUCAUGAGAAUCACAACGCCCUGUGCACCCCGUGGAUGUUCACCAUGAACUCGCAGACGGCAUACACCAUCCCCAUCUUGGCUUUUGCUUUUGUUUGCCACCCAGAAGUCCUGCCUAUCUACACGGAGCUCCGCAACCCCACGAAGAAGAGGAUGCAGAGAGUGUCCAACAUCUCCAUCUUUGUCAUGUACAUCAUGUACUUCCUGGCAGCCCUCUUUGGAUACCUAACAUUUAAUGGUGAGGGCAGGCCUGAACUGUUGCACACUUACAGCCGGAUCGAUCCGUACGACACUCUGAUCCUGUGCGUGCGUGUGGCCGUCCUUAUCGCCGUCACGCUGACCGUCCCGAUCGUGCUGUUCCCAGUGCGUCGAGCCAUCCAGCAGAUGUUGUUCCCCGCCAAGUCUUUCAGCUGGUUGAAUCACAUUGGCAUUGCUGCUUUUGCUCUCCUUCAUCACAUGCUGGUGAUAUUUGCUCCAAACAUUCUGGGAAUCUUCGGCAUCAUUGGUGCAACUUCAGCUCCCUGCCUCAUUUUUAUCUUUCCUGCCAUUUUCUACAUUCGGAUCGUCCCCACAGAAAGAGAACCAAUGAACUCUGUUCCCAAGGAUCCUGGUAAGAUAGCUGCUUGUUUUGCUGCUUUGGGGUUCUCCUUCAUGAUAAUGAGCUUGAGCUUCAUAAUCGUGGACUGGACUUCAGGACACAGCCUUGCUGUUGGAGGCCACUAG